AUGAAUGAUAUAAAAGAUAUUCAAAAUUCAAUUAAUCAAUUUAGUGCAUACGGAGGUGGAAUGGAUGGACCUGAAUCAGUUACUUGUGCAUUUGAUUGUGCAGUUAAUCUUGGAUAUAGAGGGUAUGCAGCUAAAGUAAUAAUUUGGAUUGCUGACGCACCACCACAUGGAUUUAAUAUUCAAUAUGAUGGAUAUCCUGAUGGAUGUCCAUGUGGAAUUGAUUUUCAAGAAGUUGUAUUAAAAGCAAUAAAAAAUGAUAUUCAAGUUUAUUCAGUUGCUUGUGAACCUAUUAGACCAAUUUAUAAACAUUUUAGAGAUUUAAUGAGGGCUGUUGCUAUGAUGACAGGUGGUCAAUUUAUCGCUUUAAAUUCUGCUGAUUGUCUUGCGGAUGUCAUUAUCGGUGGAUCUUUGGAAGAAGUUGGGAUGAAUUUUGUUAUUCAAAAAAUAGAAAACGAUUUAAAUAACACCGAAUCUUUUAAAACUAAAACAAAGGACGAACAAGACAAAGAAAUUAGAAAAGCAAUUGCUGAAUAUUUUAAAGAAAACUCUACAUUAAAACAAAUAAAAAUUAAUUCUAUUUUUAAAGGCGAAUUACCUGAAAUUCCUAAAAUCUUCUUUACGGCAACUACUUUUAAAGAACUUGUUGAUGUAUUAAAAACAAGAGAACCAAAUGUUUAUAAAUUUAAAGACUCAUUUAAAAUUAAAGAAUAUAUCCCUUGCCCUCAACCUUUUUGGGAUACAAAUGGAUUGAAUGAAUAUCAAAGAAAAAAUCAAAGCCUUUGGUAUGGUGAAGACCAAAAACAUAUUAAAAUGGAAAUGUGUGAUGAUGAAGGGUAUCAAAAUUAUUAUGGAAUAGGAAAUACCCCUUCAGAAAAUAUAAAUAUCCCUAAAGAAAUUCUGAAGAUUUUAAAGAAGGUGAAAUGGUUAGAAUUAAAGAAACAACUGUUGGUGUUGAACGUCAAAAUAAAAUUUUUGAACGUUUAA